GCUUGUAAAUGUUUCUUUAGAGAAAGUUCGGGGAGGAGAAUUCAACUUGGGACCUCUCCCACUUUUGGAAACUACCCUGACUAAUAUUCCACGUCUCUUUCAUUCAUUGGUACACUUUCCUUUUAAUAAUACGUAAACUGAUGUUAGAUUCAAAUUAACUUCUAAACACAAUGUAUGCUUACAAAUUGACUAGUGCAGUUACUCAAAAGUCCGGCCUCUAUUGUGCAUGCAUAUUGAGCUUGGUUUUGAAAGGCUCCUAGCCAGCAUUUGCUUCCCGGGGAAUACUCACACGGUCACCAAGUUUGGUGUGAGUACGACAAACAAGUGACCGUGCAAAGAAUUGAUCUUACUUAUGAUCUUAAGCAAGUAAAACAGAAGAUAUGGUUAAUUCAAAGAGACCAGUUUCUGUUGCUGCCUUGUUGCUCAUUUUCUUGUCAAUCGCAUACAUUUUAUACAGUGGAAAGCGAUAUUCGGUUGAUGAGCCCACGUGGACUAGGGACUGUAAUAGGAACAUUUCAGGCUAUGUUCCCUUGGCCGGAAAUGCCAGCCGCCAUGACUCUUUUUAUAUCUCUCAACCAGUGCUUCCUCCAAGCUCGAACUAUUCCAUUGUAUUUAUGGUGGUGAGUGAUCCCGAUAACUUCCAAGAGCGCUUGGAUAUCCGGCUCACGUGGGGAUUGCUCGCCGGGCGCCUCAACAUGCCUGUCGUCUUUGUGAUUGGCCGACCCGAUCAACAUGAGACGAGCAUGAAUGACCUUCUCAAGGAGCAAAAAGAUUGGAAGGAUCUCUUGCUGAUGGACAUGGUGGAUACCUACAAGAACCUCACUCUCAAAUCGGCGGCCAUUUUAAGCUAUAUCCAUCACUUCGACAUCGACACUAGAUUUGUCGUCAAGGUGGAUGACGAUGUCUACAUUAAUUUGCUCAUCUAUGCCACUGAAUUAUUAAGCCUUCCAAGAAGCCAAGAAGAUUCAUUGAUCUGCCAUUUGAUUCAAAUCAAUCGAGUCUUGAGGUUUCCAUCGAACAAAGUUGACAGUAAAUGGCUUGUUCCCCAUUGGAUGUACAGUAAUGAAUACUAUCCACCGUAUUGUGCGGGUUCCAUUUAUGCGGUCAGCAAAAGUAUGGUUCCUGAGCUACUGAAGCAGAUCGAAGUAACACCUUUAAUCACGGUAGAGGACGUCUACAUCACGGGAGUGGUCCGAACUAAAACUCCGUUUGGCAUCAAACACAUGCCAAAUGCCGUUCCUAACCCUGCUAGCUUGUGCCAAAACCUUAACGAACGGAAGAUCUUGAUUCGCUCUCAUUUUGCCAGUUUCAAGCAGAUUCACAAACGAAUCAACAAAUCAAAUUGGUGGUGGAGUUUGGCUUACAAUUGUGGUUUCAAAUUUGAAUGAAUACAACAUUUUUUGAUUGAACGUGAUCGAUCGCCGGACGUGCUCUAAACCAUGAAAUAAAACUGCGUGAUAUUAAGGCUCAA